UACGUCGUGAACUUAUGGCAUGUCUCAGUAGCAUCGCACAGUAGAACGUUCACGUGGGUUGUCCAAAAGACAACUUGGCACUUGAUCUCACAUUACUUAAAGAGGGAGAGGGUUCAUACCGACGGCCUCAACGACACCUUCUCAUAGCAAAAACUCACCCCAACGUUCAAUCCAAGACCAACAGCUAUCAUGAGAGCCUUUUCGAAACGCGUUGCAAUCAUCGCGAUGGCAGUACUUGCCACGGCUGAAACACAAGCCAACGCGGUCUACUGUCCAACAGUGACGUCGACUGGCACCAUCUGUCCCACAUUCGUCCAAAUGGCAUGUCUUGCCUUGUCUACUAUCUCCAGCCGUUGCGGAUGUCCAUCGAAAGUUCCAACCAAGUCGGUUGACUAUCCCUGCGGCGAAAAGGGACCGGCUGGCUGCAUGGGAACUUCGUAUAUCUACGAGACCGCAACUCCCAACUGUGGGGUGGCCACUCUCACCACCAAGACUAUAUCGACAAUUGCACCGACUCCUACUGACAUCGGCCUCGGGGCAUGUCCAACGGUCUAUUCAACCGCAACAAUAUGCCCCAACUGUAUACGGCCUAUGUGUGUGCAGUUGUCGAGAAUCUCCCAGCUGUGCCAUUGUCCAACUCCAGUGCCCACCGUCGCCGUAAGCUUCGAAUGCCCUGAUUGCCCCAAGGGCUGUGGCACCUACUACGAGUACGCAACUGCCACGCCGGAUUGUGCCCCGACUGCUUAAUUCAAGAGAGUAAGGGAUUCGCGGAUUAUAAGGAGCAAUUGGGGAUGAGAUAUCAGUGCGUCACGACUGGAAGGCAGCGCUUGAAUAGCGCAUUUGGGUAAUUACUGUAUGCCAAAAGUGCAUCAAAACCGUCAUGGUUUACAUCAGA